AGAGAGAGAAACAAACGAACAAACAAUUCAUAUAGAGGAAAUCUCGAUAGAGAGACCUAUUAUUAACAACUAACAAGAAAGAGGGAUGGAAAUUCCAAUAUUCUUCUGAAAUUCAUUUGAGGACAAACAAAUGAAUGGCGACAGACAACAAGCUCCUUUGUAUUGUCGUCAAGAACCAUGAGAACCAAAAAAAGGAAAAAGAAAAAAGUUGUCUUUAAAAACCAUAGUGCCUGUCUUUUAACAUUAAUAACUCACUUUGCAAGAGAAAGAAACACGGUAGAAACUCUCUUGAGAGCUUCGGAACCCCACGUUAAUGGUAUAUAAUUUUGACUUACUGGUAGUGGGAAUCUCUGGGUUUUCUUUCAAUUUGAAAAACCCAGUUGGGAUUUUGAUUACUGAGCUUUCCACAGACGCCCUUGUUGAACUUCUCAAUAUUCACUUAAAAAAUGAAUAGAGACGAGGGUUCAUCAUCUGCGGCUUCAUCGCCUCUUCAUUACUUUCCUGUAUCACCACCUUCACCUGGUGUAGGCUCGCCAUAUCCAUGGCUUACAGAGCCUGCCGAAGAAAGAGGACUACUCCUCAUCCGACUUAUCGUGGCCUGCGCUUACCAUGUCUCUGCAGGCAACCUCGAGGACGCGAAUAUCUGGUUGGAACACAUUUCCUGCCUCACUUCUCCUGAUGGUGAUCCAAUGCAGAGAAUGGUUGCUUACUUUACUGCGGCCCUUGCGGAUAGAAUACUUAGAAGUUGGCCCGGUCUAUAUGGAGCCCUCAAAUCGACGAAAAUACUGUCUGUUACCGAAGAGAUUCUAGUUCAAAGAUUGUUCUAUGAGCUCUGUCCCUUUCUAAAACUUGCACAUGUGAUCACAAAUCAGGCCAUCUUUGAAGCCAUGGAAGGGGAGAAAAUGAUUCACAUCAUUGAUCUUAACUCAAGCCAGCCUGCUCAGAUGAUUGAUCUUCUUCAGACACUAAGUGCACGCCCCGAAGGCCCGCCCCAUUUGAGGAUCACGGGUAUCCAUGAGCAUAAAGACGUGUUGGAGCAAAUGUCCCUUAGGUUGACUGAAGAAGCUGAGAAGCUUGACAUCCCUUUUCAGUUCAAUCCUAUAGUUAGCAAGCUAGAGAAUCUUGACAUCGAAAGUUUGCGAGUCAAGUCCGGUGAAGCUCUGGCCAUCAGUUCUGUGCUUCAGUUGCAUUAUCUGUUGGCGACUGAUGAAGAGAUGCAAAGAAAGAACUCGCCUUCGGUAUCAGCUCGCCUGCAGAAACUCUCUCUUAUGAAUCAAAGACCACUAAAAGACUGGCUUGAGAAGGACUUGUUCAGUUUGCUGAGCAUGAGUCCUGAUUCUGAUUUGUCCCCUCUAUCGUUAAGCGCCUCCUCGAAGAUGGGCAGUUCUCUGUCUGCUCUUUCAGGCUUGUCACCGAAAGUGAUGGUGGUAACUGAGCAAGAAUCGAACCAUAACAGUUCUAAUUUGUUGGAGAGGAUCUCGGAGGCAUUAUUCUACUAUGCAGCAUUGUUUGAUUGCUUGGAAUCCACGGUACCAAGAACAUUGGUUGAACGGCAGAUGGUUGAGAAGAUGCUCUUUGGGGAGGAGAUUAAGAACAUCGUAGCAUGUGACAGAUUUGAGAGAACCAAGAGGCAUGAGAAGCUCGAGAAAUGGAGUUUGAGGCUUGAGUUAGCCGGGUUCUCCAAGGUGCCUUUGAGCAAUCAGGGAAUGAUGCAGGCAACUCGGCUUCUUAGGCAGAACCAUGUCUUCAGUGAUUAUAACAUCAAAGACAAAAAUGGAUGUUCGAUGAUCUGCUGGCAUGACAGACCCCUCUUUUCGGUUUCUGCUUGGAGGUUUAGAAGGUGAAAGGCUAUAGAUUAUUGAAAAAAUAAAACAAAAAAUCUGGUUUGAGGGGUUUUUCACAUUUCUUUCUGGUAUUAGUUUGUUUGCCUUCUUUGUAUAAAAGUUCUUAAGAGUGGCUCAAAUCUCCAGUGCUUAGUGUUUCUUAGAAAGGUUAAGAGAUAUUUCUUUUAUCAUUUGUUAGAAUAGUUUUUUUUCCUUCCCUCAUGAACAGCCUGAUCUUUGUGCUGUUUAGUCAACCUAUUAUAUGG